AUGAACUACCUGGCCUCAAAUCUAGCUGAGAACCUUUCUGUUGACAAUCUCAGAACAGAAUUCGGGUCAUUCCGUUCCAAACUAUCUAAUGUGCGUCCACCUCAAGAGUUUUUAAAUCUUCGCAAGGUUUCAAAACCUCAAAAUUUCAGUGAGGUCCAAUCUAGGGUAUCCUACAACCUAAGGCACUUUUCUACAAACUACACUAUAAUCAUUUUACUUUUGUUUGUCUACACACUAUUCACGAACCUUUUAUUAUUUUUCGUGAUCGUUCUUUUAAUUGCUGGUAUGAUUGGGAUUAACAGACUAAAAGGCUCUGACUUGGUGACUCCAUUUGGCUCAUUAACCACAUCCCAACUAUAUACCGGCUUGCUCUGCGUGACUGUACCAUUAGGUUUCCUGGCAUCCCCGAUUUCGACUUUGAUGUGGUUGAUUGGUAUAUCUGCCGUAAUUGUAUUCUCACAUGCUUCCUUCAUGGAAAAACCAAUUGAAACUGUCUUUGAAGAAGAGACUGUCUAA